AUGCUCAGAAAUUCAACCCGAUUGUAUUCGCAGAUUGCUAAUAACUCCUUUCGCCUGACCCAAUUACCUAAUGGUCUUAAAGUGGCCACUUCUAGCACACCUGGUCAUUUCAGCGCCUUGGGGCUAUAUGUUGGUGCUGGAUCCCGUUACGAGACUAGAAAUUUGAAGGGUUGCACACACAUCCUUGAUAGACUUGCCUUCAAAUCUUCGGAACAUGUUGACGGGAGAACUAUGGCUGAAACUUUGGAAUUAUUAGGUGGUAAUUAUCAAUGUACUUCCUCUAGAGAAAAUAUGAUGUAUCAGGCCUCUGUUUUUAACCAAGAUGUGGAUAAAAUGCUGAACUUGAUGAGUGAAACUGUAAGGUAUCCGCUGAUAAAACAGGAGGAAGUAGAUGAACAAAAAAUGACAGCAGAGUAUGAAAUUGAUGAAGUAUGGUUGAAACCUGAAAUGAUUUUACCUGAAUUAUUACAUACUACAGCAUAUGGUGGGGAGACACUAGGCUCACCAUUGUUGUGCCCCCGUGAGUUGGUUCCCUCCAUUUCCAAAUAUUAUUUGGCAGAUUAUAGAAACAAAUUUUACAAUCCUGAAAACACGGUUGCUGCCUUCGUUGGUGUAUCUCAUGAACAGGCUCUAGAGUAUGCAGAUAAACACUUAGGUGAUUGGAAGUCGUCACAUCCUCCUAUUGCAAAAGCCCCUGCGGUAUACCAAGGUGGUGAGACUUGUGUUCCACCAGCACCAGUGUUUGGUAAUUUACCUGAACUUUAUCACAUUCAGAUUGGAUUUGAAAGCUAUCCUAUUGAUCACCCAGAUAUUUAUGCUGUGGCCACUUUGCAGACGUUAUUAGGUGGUGGUGGUUCCUUUAGCGCCGGUGGCCCAGGAAAGGGAAUGUACUCCAGACUCUACACUCACGUUUUAAAUCAAUUCUUCUUCAUCGAAAAUUGUGUUGCCUUUAACCACUCAUAUUCGGAUUCUGGUAUUUUUGGCAUCAACGUGUCCUGCAUUCCUCAGGCUGCUGCUUACGUGGUAGAUGUCAUUGCCAGACAAUUUAGUAAUUUGUUUGCUGAUAAAAAGUUUGAAUUAACAGAAGAAGAAGUAUCCAGGGCCAAAAAUCAAUUAAAAUCAUCAUUGUUAAUGAAUUUAGAAUCUAAAUUGGUAGAACUAGAAGAUAUGGGUAGGCAGGUACAGCUCAAUGGUAAAAAAGUACCUGUAGAAGAAAUGAUUGCAAAUAUUGAGAAAUUAACACCUAGUGAUAUAAAGCGUGUUGCAGAGACGAUAUUUACCGGUAAAGUAAAGAAUUCGAACGGGUCUACUGGUAAGGCAACUGUUGUAAUGCAAGGUCAAAGAGAGGCGUUUGGCGACGUAGAAACAGUUCUCAGACAAUAUGGUCUAGGAAACUAUCCUAAACUAGAAGAAGGUUCGAUUUCAAAACCAAAGACUAGAAGACUAGGCUGGUUCUAA